CAGAGUCAGUAAUUGCCUAGUGAGAUAUGCCCCACUUUACAAUAGGUUUACAUUUUAUAGUCGUAGUCAUUGGUGUAAACUGAACGCCACUGUGUUUCUUGGUUUGUCAUUAGUGUCUUCACUCACCUGCUGUAAGGUUGUAAAUUUUUUUCCCCCAACAAAUUCGUGUGUCAGUGUCCUUUGACGUGUGAGGUGAGCUUAGAAAGAGAGAGAUAUCUAAAAUUUUUCAUCGUGUCACGUGGGUAAUUUAUUAAUUUAUUUUAAUAUCGGAUGGGCAUGUUAAACUUGUUCUGUUGAAAUUAUUAAUAAUUGGUAAAUACCAAAAUGGGAAGCAUGUUUAGAAGUGAAGAGAUGGGCUUAUGCCAGUUGUUCAUUCAGCCGGAAGCAGCCUAUCUCUCUGUAUCAGAGCUUGGGGAGACUGGAACAGUUCAAUUUCGUGAUCUAAAUGCUGAUGUAAAUUAUUUUCAACGUAAAUUUGUCAAUGAAGUACGUCGUUGUGAUGAAAUGGAAAGAAAACUUCGUUAUAUCGAGGCUGAAGUUAAAAAAGAUGGUGUACCAAUAUCAGAUAUUCUCAAUGAUUUACCAAGAGCACCAAAUCCACGUGAAGUCAUUGAUCUUGAAGCUCAUAUUGAAAAAACAGAAAAUGAUAUUCUUGAGUUGAGUCACAAUGCUGUUAAUUUAAAAAGUAAUUAUUUGGAAUUAACUGAAUUACGUCAUGUACUUGAAAAAACACAAGUAUUUUUUACUGAGUCGAAGAAUCAAGGUUCUUUUCUGCUUCUCUAUCAGCAGGAGGAAGCCAAUGAAUCCCUCACCAGGGCAUUAAUCAAUGAUGAACAGCAGUAUGGAGCAGCUGGUCGUGGACGUCUUGAAUUUGUUGCUGGAGUUAUUUGUCGUGAAAGAGUACCAGCAUUUGAAAGAAUGUUGUGGAGAAUUUCACGUGGAAAUGUUUUUUUACGACAAGUUGAACUUGAUGCACCACUUGAAGAUCCAAAUACAGGAAAUCAAAUAUACAAAACUGUAUUUGUUGCAUUUUUCCAAGGAGAACAAUUGAAAAGCCGUUUGAAAAAAGUUUGUACUGGUUUUCACGCAUCAUUAUAUCCAUGUCCAAAUAGUAAUUCUGAACGUUUGGAAAUGGUCAAGGGUGUUUGCACUCGCCUUGAAGAUUUAAAUUUGGUUUUAAAUCAAACUCAAGAUCAUAGACAACGUGUUCUUCACAGUGUUGCUAAAGAAUUACCAAAUUGGAAUAUCAUGGUAAGAAAAAUGAAGGCAAUUUAUCAUACAAUGAAUUUAUUUAAUAUGGAUGUAUCAAAAAAAUGUCUCAUUGGUGAGUGUUGGGUACCAAUGGCAGAUAUGGCAGUAGUUAGAAAUUGUCUUGAAGAAGGAUCACGACUUUGUGGAGGUUCAAUACCAUCAUUCAUGAAUCUCAUUCAUACUGAUGAAAAUCCACCGACAUUUAAUCGUACAAAUAAAUUUACAAAAGGUUUUCAAACUCUCGUUGAUGCAUAUGGUGUUGCAUCUUAUCGUGAAGCUAAUCCUGCACUUUAUACAAUCAUUACAUUUCCAUUUUUAUUUGGUGUAAUGUUUGGAGACAUUGGACAUGGAUUAUUAUUGACAUUAUUUGCUGGAUGGAUGGUGAUGUAUGAAAAAAGUUUAAGUGCCAAAAAAUCAACAAAUGAAAUAUGGAAUAUUUUCUUUGGUGGUCGUUAUAUAAUACUUUUAAUGGGUUUCUUUUCAAUGUAUACUGGUUUUAUAUACAAUGAUAUAUUUUCAAAAUCAAUAAAUGUAUUUGGAUCAACAUGGAGCAAUCCAUAUGAUUAUCAAACACUAAUUGCUUCAAAAGAUUUUAACUUGGAUCCACCUAGAAGUCACAAUGACACAUAUUACGUUGGACUUGAUCCAGUAUGGGCACUUUCUAAAAAUAAAAUAAUUUUUUUAAAUUCAUAUAAAAUGAAAUUAUCAAUAAUAUUUGGUGUUGUACAUAUGAUAUUUGGUGUUUGUGUUAGUAUUGCAAAUAUUAUACACAAAAAAAAAUAUUCAAGUUUAAUUCUAGAAUUUUUACCUCAAUUAUUAUUAUUAAUAUUUUUAUUUGGAUAUUUAACAGUAUUGGUUAUGGUUAAAUGGUAUUUAUACUAUUCAACUGAUACUAAAACUGAUCCACGUGAUUCACAAUGUGCACCAUCUGUAUUAAUAACAUUUAUUAAUAUGAUGUUAUUUAAUGAACCAAAAAAUGAAACUUGUAGUGGUUAUAUGUUUGGUGGUCAAGCAAUAUUACAAAAAGUAUUUAUAUUUGCUGCAUUAUUAUGCAUUCCAGUAAUGUUAUUGGGUAAACCACUUUGGAUGUUAUAUACAAAAAAUAAAAGAACUAAAAAUCAUCAACAACAACCACAACAAAAUAAUGGUGUUACACAAACACAAGAUAUUGAGCUACAAGAUAGUGUAUCAAUACCAUCAAAUGGUGGUAAUGUUGAAGUUAUUAAUGAUGCUGAUAAACAUUCAUCUGAACAUGAUGAAGAAGAUUUUGGUGAUUUAAUGGUACAUCAAGCAAUUCAUACAAUUGAAUAUACAUUAUCAACAGUAUCACAUACUGCAUCAUAUUUACGUCUUUGGGCAUUAUCAUUGGCUCAUGCACAAUUGUCUGAUGUACUUUGGACAAUGUUAUUUAGAAAAGGAAUGGGAGUAUCAGUAUCUGUUUUUGAAGAUCCAGUCUGGGGUGCUGUUCGGGGUUUUGCACUAUUUGUUGUAUUUUUCUUUUGGUCAACAUUUACUGUUGCUAUUCUUGUUAUGAUGGAAGGUCUAUCAGCAUUUCUUCACACACUACGAUUACACUGGGUUGAAUUUAUGAGCAAAUUUUAUGAAGGACAUGGAUAUUUAUUCCAGCCGUUUUGUUUCAAGAACAUUAUUGAUACUGAAGAAGUUGAAGAAUAAUUUUUUUAAUUAAUAUUACAAUUUAAAGUUAUCGUUGGCAAUAAUAUUGUUAUACUCAUAUUUUUUUUUCGAUUUUUUUUUUUUUUUUUUUUCUUCUUUUUAAUAGCCACUGAUUUUUUUGUGUUUAUAAAAAAAAAAAAAAUAAUAAAUACAUUCUUUAAUUUGUUAAAAAUAAAAUAAUUAGUUAAUUUUUUUUUUUCUUUUUUGAAUAUAUUUUUUUUGAGAAUUUAAAGUUAGCUAGGAUAUAAUAAACACCAAAUCAUAAUGAAAAAAUAAAUUGUAAAUGCAGUAAGAAGAAGAUGAAAAAAAAAAUAUUUUCUUAAAAAGCUCAAAUGAGAAUAAUUUUUAAUUUUUCAUAAAUGUUAUACAUGUUAUAGAUAUAAUAAUCAUGUGAUGUAUAAAUUUUUUUUCGACAUUUUGCAUGAAAAUAUACAGUAUAAAAGAAAUAAAAUAGUUAAACUAUUAUUAAUUUUUAAAUAUAUUUACAAUUAUUAAUUGAAAAAAAAAAAAAAAAAAAAAAAAAAUGUUUUUUAUACUUGUUUUUAUUUUAAUUAUUAAUCAAGUGUCUUUGAUAGUCAUGCAUGAUUUUUUCAUCAGGAUAUUUCAUGGUAAAUUACCAACUUUCUAUCUCGUUUAUUUACAGUAAAAAAAAAAAUUAAACUCAUGACGAAGGGAGAUUAU